CACCAACAAAUUGAAUCAAAGCUGCAUGAACCUUCAACAGGAAGAAACACAAAAUUCAACUACAUUGACACCAUGUCAUCAAGGAACCCUAAAUAUGAAAAGAAAGAGGGAUUAACAAUAACUUGCUUGAUAUGCCAAUUCAUGUUUCAAGAAACUAAGAAACCAUAACCUCAUUCAAAUGUUGCCGCCAAAACUGCAAUCCUCACUCAAACUCUGCAGUAGCACCACCCUCUCACCACCAUCCCUGACAAGAACAUUGUCAACCAUUACCCGACAAGACCCUCCCACCCUCGCCGUCCUCGCCGACAAAUGCACCACCGUCGAACAGCUGAAACAGGUUCACGCCCAGAUGGUCGUCACCGCCCGCUUCAACGACCACUUCGCCGCCAGCCGCUUAUUCUCCUCCUUCGCCCUCUCCUCCUUCGGAGACCUCACCCACGCUUCCAGAAUCUUCUCCUCCAUUCACCAACCCAACACCUUCAUGUGGAACACUCUCAUCCGCGCUCAGCGCCACCCUCAAACCGCUCUCUCCCUUUACAUCACCAUGCGCAGGCACGGCGCUUUGCCCGGUAAACACACCUUCCCCUUUCUCCUCAAGGCCUGUUCUUCCCUCACGCCAGCUUUGCCUGUUCACAAACAGGUCCAUGCCCAUGUCCUGAAAUUUGGGUUGGGGUUGGAUUCCCAUGUGGCUAAUGGUUUGGUGCGGUGUUACUCCGUUUCGGGCGAUUUAGUCGAUGCCCGCUUUGUGUUUGAUGAAAUUCCGAGCAGAAGUUUAAGCCUUUGGACCACGAUGGUUUGUGGGUAUGCUCAGAAUUUCUGCUCCAAUGAGGCUCUGGCGCUUUUUGAGGGGAUGGUGGCUGAGGGGUUUGAGCCGAAUGGCGCGACGUUGGCUUCGGUGUUAUCGGCUUGUGCGCGGUCGGGUUGUCUUGAACUCGGGGAAAGGAUUCAUGAGUUUAUGAGAGUGAAAGGGGUUGAAGUGGGAGUGAUCCUCGGGUCAGCGUUGGUUAAUAUGUAUGCGAAGAAUGGGGCAAUUGCGAUGGCUCGGAAGUUGUUUGAUGGAAUGCCUGAGAGGAAUGUUGUGACUUGGAAUGGUAUGAUUUGUGGGCUGGCUACUCAUGGACAUGUUGAAGAUGCUCUUAGUCUAUUUGAGAAUAUGGAGAAGGAGGGGGUUGCUGUUCCGAAUGAUGUCACAUUCAUUGGGGUUUUAUCGGCUUGUUGUCAUGGUGGCUUGCUUGAUGUUGGUCGCGAUGUUUUUUGUUCAAUGAAGACGGUGUAUGGAAUUGAACCAAAGAUUGAGCAUUAUGGGUGCAUGGUUGAUCUUCUUGGGAGAGGAGGUAAGUUGCUGGAGGCGAAGGAACUGAUAAAAGGAAUGCCAUGGAAGCCUGAUGUAGUUAUUCUAGGAGCUUUGUUGGAAGCUAGCAAGAAUAUUGGAAAUACUGAGGUUGCUAAAGUGGUGACGGAAGAAAUUCUCGCUCUGGAACCUGAUAAUCAUGGAGUUCAUGUUUCUUUGUCAAAUAUGUAUGCAGAGGCUGGAGAGUGGCAGGAUGUUUUGAGACUGAGGAAGACUAUGAAAGAAGAGAGACUCAAGAAAGUUCCGGGCUGGAGCCUUGUCACCACUUAAUAGAGUUCUAGCCUAACAUGGCUUGUAUAUGGCAAAUACUUAUCAUUGUGAAAAGGAUCUAAUUUUGAGAUUGAGGAAGAUGAUGAACAACUCAAAAAAGCUCCGGGUGGAUCCUUGUCCAUGCUUAAUUGAGUUUCUAGCAUGGCUUGUUUAUGGAAAAUACUUAUCAUUAUGGAAAAAGAUAUGAUUUUGAGACACUGGAAGAUGAUGAAAGAAGAGAUACUCAAGAAAACUUUGGGGUGGAGCCUUGUCGCCGCUUGAUUGAGUUUAUAGCAUGGCUUGUGUAUGGCAAAUACUUAUCAUUAUGGAAAAAGAUUUGAGUUUGGGACACUGGAAGCCGAUGAAAAAAGAGAUACUCAAGAAAUCUUUACGGGGGGAGCCUGGUCACCACUUAAUUGAGUUUCUAACUUGGCUUGUAUAUAGAAAAUACUUGUCACUGGAAAAGUUUUUCUUCUUUUAUUAUUAACAAUAGAUGAGGAACUGAGUUAUAAUCUAAAUUUACCUGAUUCAACUAUAAGUUACUGAACACUUCUUGUUCAACUGUUGGCCAUUGCUGUUGUUGCCAAAUUAGUUAUGGUGCUUACGGAAGAAGUGUUACUACUACACUUCUGCUUAUAUGAUCGAGUUUGAUUUGCAACAUUACCUCAACUGACAGAUUAAUGGAUCGAAGUUGCAGAAACAUAAGCAUGCAUCUGGAGGUGCGGAGAUAUUACUGGUUGGUGUUCAGAAUCAGGACUACUUCAAAAUCGUAUAGAUAUGUAGUAAAUGCCAAAGCUUUCUACAUGGGUUGCAUUAUUGCACUUUUUCGUGGGAGAAUUAAAGAAAGAGAUGAACACUUCAAGAGACAUGUUGAUGAAGAUAUAGCGCCAGGGAAUAUAAAGAUAAAAUAGCAAAUAAUAUAUAUGCUAAUAGCUGUUUCAUUAAAAUCUGAGAUUCUAAUUCAGUGCUAUAUUAUUGUUGGAUGCUAUUUUCAUGUUAAAUCUUAAUCUUCCUUGGAGGUUCGUAACCAACUGGAGGAGGAGGUGGAACACCGGCGAUCAGUGAUGAGGCCCCAUGAUCUGGAUUUGGUUCCAUUGAUGAGGCUUCAUGAUCUGGAUUUGGUUCCAUUGACGAGGCUUCAUGAUCGGGGUGCAUCGAUUCACUGACUACAGGUAAGGCUCUAUCACCUGGUCGUGACAUUGGUUCCGCGACUAGUGAUGAGGAAAUUAUUUUUGGAGGAUGUGCAAGACUAGUGGGGAAAGCAUCAAAAGCAGUUGAUUCAUAGGCUGAAGCAGCACACAGAACAAUAACAAAGGAUGAUAGGAGAAGUGAAGCCAUGGUGAAUUUGUGCUAGCUAUUUGUGUGUUUGAAUGCAUCCUGUACUCUAUAUAUAUAGUAUCACGAGACCAAAAAUUUUGCUUGAUAUUAAAAAAUAAUAUAAUUAACUGAAACCAGUUUGAACCUCUUUGGAACCAGUUUGAAAAACAAGUGUUAUUAGCAAAAUUAUAGGGUUAUGAAAGAAGCAUAUGUUAAUAGCAUCUUGUUACUCCACCAGCUUUGUCACGCUCUGUAUGUAGGUUAUAGUGGAGAAAACAAACAAGCACCAAGAGUGUUUUUGCAAAAUAUGUAGGAUUUGUGUGGGGCUUAUUUAGAACUAAAUAUAAACUCAAUUUAAUUCAGAAAAACAUUUGAUUUUCCAAAUGUUAGUAUUGAUUUUUUAUUUAUUAAAUUGAAUUGGUUUACGACCACCCAACUAUCAUUAGACUUAUUAGCAGCCUUCGUCUCUCACAUGCAGCCGAAAUGUGACGGACAAUGUUUUC